UGUCGCGCCGCUGAUUACGUAAUGCCGCGGUGGCUGAGGCGGUUCCGCUGGCUGCUGUGUGCGCGGCGGGCGAGUCCUGGUGCGGCCGGCUCGGCUCCUACAGCGCCCGAGACCCCGGUCCCGACCCCAGCCGCGGCCCGGCCGCCGCCUGAACAUGGACUCCGCAGGCCAAGAUAUCAACCUGAAUUCUCCUAACAAAGGUCUGCUGUCCGACUCCAUGACAGAUGUCCCUGUCGACACCGCGGUGGCCGCCCAGACUCCUGCUGUUGAGGGUCUGACGGAGGCUGAGGAGGAGGAGCUUAGGGCUGAGCUCGCAAAGGUGGAAGAGGAAAUUGUCACUCUGCGCCAGGUCCUGGCAGCCAAGGAGAGGCACUGUGGAGAGCUGAAAAGGAAGCUGGGCCUCUCCGCCUUGGAGGGCCUGAAACAGAACCUGUCCAGGAGCUGGCGUGAUGUGCAGGUCUCUACCGCCUAUAUGAAAACCUCUGAGAAACUUGGCGAGUGGAAUGAGAAAGUGACCCAGUCAGACCUGAGGAAGUGCUGUCAUGGAUACCAGAGAACUUGGGUAGUCCUUCUGUGUCUGCCUGAAAGGAACUGGUUGUUACUGAGCUUGUCUUCAAGGUCCCCGGGACCCCAGCUACAAGAAGACUCAGGAAACUUUCUCUCAGGCGGGACAGAAGACGUCCGCUGCCCUGUCCACUGUGGGCUCUGCCAUCAGCAGAAAGCUCGGAGAUAUGAGAUGGGACGCCAUCGCCGCUGCACUGUGGGACACCUGCUUUGGCCACCUGAGCCGUGCUGUGGUAAGCCUGGUGACAGACUGAUCACACGCCACUGGUGGCCUGGCCUUGCUCCCAGGGGUUGCCAUGGAGGGCGUGGGGGGGUUCAUCCCAGCGCUGCUGGGGUGAGCUGUGUGUGGGGUUGUGGUCCUUUCCUCGAAAGGCUGGUCUGAUAACAGAGCAUUUGAAGGAAGCAAUAAAUGUGUGCUGUGCCUAAAUGACAUUCUCACUAGGAACGUCCCUUCACUUCUGGCAUGAUUCACUCACAUCAAGCCUUCUCCCUCCCUCUUGGGCGUGUGCAGGGCGUUGGCACUGUCCGGAGCUCCCGCGGGCCCUUUGGACGGUGCACCUCGCUUCUCCGUCUCUGCUUCACUCCCGCUCUCUGCUCCGGGAACUGGGGUGUGCUGCUGACCGUGGCGAGGAGCCUCAGGUCACGUGCCCGGCCUCACUGCCGUGUGUCACGUUUGCACCCAUGCUUCCAGGGACAAGAACCAGGUCCCACAUAGUCAAGGUGCUCAGACAGACUGGCCUAUUUGCUGGUGCGCCUCACCAUGGGGCUCUUCAGUUUUGCUCUGCUGUGUUUCCAGGGGUGUGGGGAACUCUGACGUCUUGGGGUCAGUGAUGUGUCCACCGUUGCCUCACCCCGUAGUCUCAGGUUGAGCUGAAGUUGAGAAUUCACCACUUCUUGAGAAUGCAGAUGAGGUCCAGGGAGGUUUCUGUGUGCUGAGAUGUUUGCCCUACAUCACGGUGCUGCAGAGGCCUAUCCGAGAGCAACCCGGCCUGGGAGGCUGUUUGCAUGCCCUGGGGUAGGAGAUGGCAGACUGGGAGAGGAAAUCGGAUUUGGGUCAAAGCCUGGGUUAAAGCAGGGGUCUCUGUCCAGCUUGGUGAGCCUUGAUGAGGCACCUGCCUUCUCCCACCAAGAGAUGGCAGGGCCUGCUGCCCACCCAAGAGACCACAUAAUCGAGCCUCAUAUGAUCUUCUGAAUGCUUCUAAAAUGACUUACUUUCAUGUUGGGGGUCGCCUCCAGAGCGUGAGCAGGCCUGGCUGGGUAGUGGAGGACAUGGCCGUAUUGCCCCCAGACACGCGUGUUUCUAGGUUGGAAUCUGCCAGCUGGAGUGUGGAGCUGGAGUGCAGGGCGCUCAGCCCCGUGGGUGUCCCGGCCAGUCCUGUCGUAGCAUGCGUGUGCGCACCCUCAUUCGGCUGAAGCCCUGAAGGUCGUACAGCCCGCCUCCGCACACCCCACCCCUUUGCGCUGCUCCUGUCCUUGGGGCUUCAUCCCUCUAAUUCCAGACAGGGUCGUGGACACGCAGGUGCCUCGUAUGUGACCCAGGUGGGAUCGCAGAGGGGCCAGUCGCGUGCGUGAGGGAGCGGCGGCCUCUCACGGAAUUGGGGCUUGAGGAGAACAGGGACCGGGGUGGCCACGGGGCUCGCUGUGUGGCCUUCUGGAGCUUGAGUGAGGGGCUGGGGUGGGCACUAGCCUCCCUUUCCUAACACUGCGUUUCUUCUCCUGCUGCUGCUGCC